UACAAAACAUCGGAAGCAAGCAGCUUACAGAAUGCCUUACACCCCAGUGAACUCCUACGACGGCGAUCUUAAGAUCUGGAGCGGAGAGCCGGUGAGCCACUACUUCGAUCCACAUCUGUCUAUCGGGCAGAUCAUCUUCCAGGAGAUGCGGCGUCAUCCCCAACUCGUCGCCCAGAUCUCGGCUUCAGAGAACACCGUCCUGACCAGACAGGAGCUCCAUGCCAACUCCAUGAAGGUGGCCAGCUAUAUGCGCUUCUUGGGCCUCCUUCAAUCCGAUGUGGUGGGCCUAAUAGGCAGGAACACCACUCACAUGCCCGCAGUGGCAUACGCCUGUUUCUUCAACGGAAUCGCCUUCCACUCGCUGAACAUAACCUAUGAUCAGAGUACCAUAGAGAAGCUCUUCGACAUAACCAAGCCUCGCCUCAUUUUCUGUGAUGGAGAUGAGUUCGAAAAGGUGCGCGCCGCCACCGCAUCCCUGGAUGUGAAGAUCAUCACCAUGCGAAAUCACCCGAAAUCAGCCGACUCCAUCAGCAUUGAUGAAGUACUAGCCACUCCCAUCGAGAAAAACUUUCAGCCAGCUCGCCUAGAACUGGGCAACGAUCAGACCCUGGCUAUUCUCUGCUCCUCCGGCACCACUGGAACCCCCAAGGCGGUCACCAUCACCAACAGUCGACAGAUACUGGCUGCCAACCACCAGCUGACCACUGCCGACAUUCAGUACUCCCACAACACUCUCGACUGGAUAACCGGCCUAUUGACCACGGUGACCUCUGGCGUGUUCAGCACCACCCGCAUCAUCGCUGACAACGCCUUCGAUCCUGCCUUCGCUUUGCGAGUCAUCGAGGAGUACAAGGCUACGUGGAUUAUCCAGCCACCGUCCUGUAUGGCCAUGAUGGUGAACUCUCCGGAGUUUGAGACCAGUGACCUGUCUAGUCUGCGGUAUUUCCUGUUUGGCGGAUCUCGUGCUGCAUUGGAGGUGCAGCAGAGCAUCAGGAGUCGGUUGAGCAGCGACUGCCUGCAGUUUAUGUAUGGAUUCACGGAACUCGGUGCCUUGGCCACCUACAACUGCCACUUCGACGAGAAGCCCAAUUCGGUGGGACGCUUGACCAAUGGCCUCAAGCUGAAAAUAGUCUCUGAAGAUGGCCAGUCCCUCGGACCCGAUGAGAUGGGGGAAGUGUGCAUCAAGAAUAACCAGCACUGGGCGGGUUACUAUGGAAACCAGUUGGAGACCCGCGAGAUACGGGAUCCUCAACGAUGGUAUCACUCUGGAGAUCUUGGCUACAUGGACCAAGACGGUUUUCUUUACGUCGUGGAGCGCAAGAAGGACAUGCUGAAGUACCAGAACAUCAUGUACUAUCCCAACGAGAUCGAGAGCGUCAUCUCGGAGAUGCCUGACGUAGCGGAGGUCUGUGUGUUUGGAGUAUGGAGUAAUAUGUACGGAGACGAGGCGGCCGCCGCUGUUGUAAAAAAACAGGGCAGUGAUCUGAGAGCCCAGGAUGUCGUCGAAUAUGUGAGCACGCGGACGGACUCCAAGUAUAAGCAGUUGAAUGCUGGAGCCAUCAUCGUGGAUGAUCUCAUGCGCAGCGCCAAUGGAAAGACCAAUCGAAUUGCCAAUAAGAAUCACUACCUGCAUGUAAAGGAAAGAAGUUAACUUUGGGUUAUAUUUUUCUUUUAAAUAAUUCUACCCUUAAUAAAUGAAAGCGAAUCUCUUUACGGUCACACAA